GGCAUUAAGUUGAACAGCUACAUGCCGGGGUCCUGCGGGGCCGAGGUCAGGUGGCGGCCGCGGUGUCUCCUUCACGUCGCCCUCCAGGCUCCGAGCUGCCUCCGCUCUCGGCUCAGGUGACGGUCCCGCAGCAGCGCAGCGCCUCGGCAUAAUGGCAGUUCCUCCAACAUAUGCAGACCUUGGAAAAUCAGCAAAGGACAUUUUCAACAAAGGAUAUGGGUUUGGGCUGGUCAAACUCGACGUGAAGACAAAGUCUGCAAGUGGAGUGGAAUUCAAAACGUCCGGCUCAUCCAACACAGACACCAGCAAGGUCAAUGGAACCCUGGAAACCAAGUACAAGUGGGCUGAAUACGGACUAACCUUCACCGAGAAGUGGACCACAGACAACACACUUGGAACGGAAGUUUGUGUUGAAGAUCAGAUCACCAAAGGGCUGAAACUGACUUUUGACACAACAUUUUCACCAAAUACUGGCAAGAAGAGCGGCAAAGUGAAGUCAGCCUAUAAACGUGAAUACAUUAACCUUGGCGUUGAUGUGGAUUUUGAUUUCGCCGGUCCUGCCAUCCAUGGAGCAGUGGUGGGCGGCUACGAGGGCUGGCUGGGCGGCUACCAGAUGACCUUUGACACGGCCAAAUCCAGGAUGACUCGGAGCAACUUCGCAGUUGGCUACAAGACGGCAGACUUCCAGCUCCACACUAAUGUUAAUGAUGGUUCAGAGUUUGGUGGGUCCAUUUACCAGAAGGUGAAUGACAAACUGGAGACUGCGGUGAACCUUGCCUGGACCGCGGGCAGCAACACCACUCACUUUGGCAUUGCUGCCAAAUACCAGCUAGACCCCAGUGCCUCCUUAUCAGCCAAAGUGAACAACGGCAGCUUGAUAGGAAUCGGCUACACCCAGAGUCUGCGGCCUGGUAUGAAACUAACCCUGUCGGCACUGGUGGAUGGAAAGAGCAUCAACGCCGGUGGUCACAAACUCGGUCUGGGGCUGGAGUUGGAGGCAUGAGGAUCUGCUGGAGCCAUCUCUUAGGCAGAACAUUAGCAGGAUCCGGCCUUGUGUGUUUUUUACCUGGCCAGUAAAGGAUCUUUCAAAGGGGAAUCCAAAGCAAAAGAAGUCCAGAUCUAGUACUAUUAGCCAGACAGAGACCUCUCCACCACCUUCCUUUCAUUUGGAUUAUAACUACUCACAUUUCUAUCAGAUAUAAUUAAUUACUGCUUAAACAACUUUGUCCUCCACAGAAAAAUAUGUCCUUCUCUGAGGCAGGCAUCUCCUUAAUGAACUUUGGCUUCAUCAGUAUGACAAUCUGUCAAAAGUUCCAGAAAAUAAACCUUAAUUAUUUAAUUCAAGCUUGAUGAUGUUGUUGAAUGUAAACCUAAGCUGUACUUUUGCACAGUAGCAUAUGCAUUGUAUUGAAGCUCUUCCUCCCUUAGUUUAUUUGCACAUUUCGUUUGUAUUUUGCUAUGAUGUCAUCCGUCAAAACGGUUGCUCCUACAGAAUAUGCUUAUCAAUUUAGAUGCCAAUCUGUUGCUUGGUGGGAUCUUAUUUAUCGCAUAUCUUAGGGAGGCAUAACCAUGCUGUGUGGUUGCUUUCAGACCUCUACUAUCUUAAAUACCUGCACCUAAAUCAUGAAGAAGUUGCAAGACUAUGCCAAAUGGAAUUUCUUUCUCAGUGUGACCCGAGCAAAAGAAUAUGAGUGAAUGCUCCACCUUCCCUCCCCAUACAUGAAACCUGGGACGCUAUUUCAGGAGUAGAAUCCCGGUGUGCGUGUGUGUAUGUGUGUGUGGGUAUCUGUGUAUGUCUACCUUUGCAAUAAAGUCUUGAAAUCAGUA